AGUCAAUAAAGAGGAGACUUCGAAAUAAACGACAGCGACGUGAGAGCCACAGGCAAAGUCAACUGUAUCUCCAAGAAAACAACAGCCCCUACCUAAAGCAACCAACUAAGCCGAGGACCAGCAGCAAUGGCCAUCAAUUUUUCGGCCUCCUUUGCGGCCUGCAUAGCAGCCGGACUGAAGGUGCCGCGCCAGAUUAUGUACUGCAUCACGCAGGACACCGGCCAGCCGUACGUGCUCUACAAGGACUCGCAGGACGCGGACCGCAACCCCGGCGCCCUAGGCGCCAGUCCCGCCCAGUGGGGCAGCGACAUGUACCCCAACAUCCAGCAGCAGGCGCAGCAGCACCUGACCGCCCAGCAGCAGCAACAGCAGCAGCAGAACGCGGCGCAGGCGGCCGCUCAGGCGGCAGCUGUGGCGGCGGCGGCGGGACAGCCGCAGAGUCCUCCGGGCGGAGGGCAGGAGGCGCGGGACAACGGCAGCGGCGACGGCCGCCAGCAGCAGGUGUCGCCCUCCUCGAGUCCGUAUCCCUCGGUCCAGCAGCAACAGCAGCAGCAGCAGCAGCAGCGGGCAAACGGGGCAGGCGACGAGGACCCCAUGAACCAGCUCGCCAACCAGCAGAACUCUGCGCCCAACCAAAACCAAAGCAGCGCCGACCCCCAGCACACGGGCUCCAAUGCGGGCGAGCCGGGCAACCCGCACGUCCAGCAGAACGGCGGACCCCAAACCGAUCCCGGCAACGGUUUCCAGACCCCUGACUACUACGCCCCACGGCACGCGGCGCCCCAGGGCGGAAUGCUGGCGCCGCCUGGCUUCCCGCCGCUCCACUAUCUGAACAAGGGCGUACUGCCCAUGGAGCAGUCCGGCGGAGGAGGCGGCGGAGGCGGGGGCGGUGAGGCUUACGCGCUGCCCGAUCUGCUGCCCGCUCAACAGAACGGCCAGCAGAACGCCGGAGCGGCGAACGCCAAUGCCAAUGAAGGCGGUGCGGGCGCCAACGGGGGCGGAGUGGGCGGUGCGGGAACGGGAGCAGGCGUGGGUUCAGUGGGCGUGACGAGCGGCGGGAGGACGGGCAACGGCCCGGGACGCCCGCACAAGAACAAGCCGCACAGCGACCUGCGGCUGUUCAAGUGCCUCACCUGCGGCAAGGACUUCAAGCAGAAGAGCACGCUGCUGCAGCACGACCGCAUCCACACGGACGCGCGCCCCUUUCCGUGCUCCGAGUGCGGCAAGCGGUUCCGCCAGCAGUCGCACCUCACUCAGCACCUGCGCAUCCACGCCAACGAAAAGCCCUUCACCUGCCCGUACUGCUCGCGCAGCUUCCGGCAACGCGCCAUUCUCAACCAGCACAUACGCAUCCAUUCGGGUGAGAAGCCCUUCGCCUGCCCCGAGUGCGGCAAGCACUUUCGCCAGAAAGCCAUCCUCAAUCAGCAUGUGCGCACCCACCAAGACGUCUCGCCCCACCUCAUCUUUAAGAACGGGCCGCACCCCACCCUGUGGCCCUCGGACGUGCUUCCCGGCGAGGAGAACGACACCAAGGGCGACAUCGCCGGCACGGGCGGCGGCUACCACGACGAGGACUCGCAGGGAACGCCGGACGGCAGCGGCGGCAUGCACUACCCGUCGUACUUCAAGGACGGCAAAGGCCAAAAGAUACUGCCCGAGGUGCUGCAGCACAUCGGCGUGCGGCCGGCCAACAUGCCGCUCUACGUGCGGUGCCCUAUCUGCGACAAGGAGUUCAAGCAGAAGACGACGCUGCUGCAGCACGGCUGCAUCCACAUCGAGUCGCGGCCGUAUCCCUGCCCGGAGUGCGGCAAGCGCUUCCGCCAGCAGUCGCACCUCACGCAGCACCUGCGCAUCCACACCAACGAGAAGCCCUUCGGGUGCAUGUACUGUCCGCGCUUCUUCCGCCAGCGGACCAUUCUCAACCAGCACUUGCGCAUCCACACCGGCGAGAAGCCCUACAAGUGCGGCCAGUGCGGCAAGGACUUCCGCCAGAAGGCCAUCUUGGACCAGCACACGCGCACCCACCAGGGAGAUCGUCCGUUCUGCUGUCCGAUGCCCAAUUGCCGUCGGCGCUUUGCCACGGAAAACGAGGUGACGAAGCAUAUCGACAACCACAUGAAUCCCAACACCACCAAGGUGCGCCGCCAGCAACAGCAGCAACACCAACAGCAGCAGCAGCAACAGCAACAACAGCAGCAGCAGCAGCAGCAACAGAGCAACAACGCCGUCGCCCAGGUGGCCUCGGUGGCCAAUCACCUGAUGAACGACGCCAAGAGCCUGGCGGCCCAGCAGUUCCUCAACAACAACAAUCCCUCGACGGUGGACAACAAGGCCAACAUCCUCCCGGUGCGCAGCAUAGCGUCCAACGCGGCGGCCGCCGCAGUCGUGCAGCAGUCGGUGGUGAAGAACGAGCUCUACUUCCCGCAGUGCUACGGACCGCCCUUCCAGCAUCCCUUCCAGACGCAGCAGCAGCAGGCCCAGCAGCCCAGCGUGGCCCACGCCAACGGAGGACCCACGCCGCCCGUAACCGUGACGGUGGCCAACUCGGUGUCCUCCGGCGUGGUGGUGCAGCAGAACGCUUCCGCCUCCGUGGUGGCCCAGUGACAUCCCACCACUGGAGCACCCGGGGCCCAACAACCGCAGCAGCAGCAGCCUCCGGCGACGCAGCAGCAACACCACGCGCCGCCGCCUCCGCCGCCCACGUCCUCUGCCCAUCACAUCGCAGCAGCGGCGGCCGCUGUCACCGCGGCCACGCCCUCAUCCGCCCACGCCUCUCCGGUGGCGGCGCCGCAGACUGUGACGCUCUCGAUAACGCUGCCGCCGCCUCCGGCCUCCCACGCGGUUCAUCCGGGUCACCCUGGGCACCCGGGUCAUCCGGGGGUGGCCAACGGAGCCGCCCCUCCGCCGCCACCAACCCUGUCACACGCGAUUCCCAUUCACCCCCACAUACACUCGAUAUUCGGAUCUCUAUGA